AUUCGGGCUCUGCCGAUUUGCGCCGACCCGAGCUCGACCAUGCCAGAGCCCAUUCGACUAGUUACAGUCGAGAGCAUCGCACGUACUCCGCGUUCUUUCUCGCGAGCAAAACUUUACUCGCACGGUCCGACGUAACGUGAAUGAAGUGGUGAUACUGUAUCAAGUUUUUAGUUCGUCAAUACUUUCAUUUUAUUUAUUGCGCUGACAGUUUUCGGCUUUUGUGUUGUUGAAUUUGUUCUGUGACUUUGCAAGUUGGAGGUGUACGGUUUAUUUUCAAUACGGCCGUCUGUUUACGGGCUGCGCCGGGCGAGUGCCGACGCCCGUUAUAAUGUGACCGGCGCACGACGACGCGCGUCUCCCCUCAAGGUGUUUGCGAUGUGGUACACGUGGACCGCGUUGCUGCUGGUGUCCUGUGCACUGGUCGAGGCGGCGGAGGUUCAGGCGGAGGUACAAGGGGAGGUCAAACCUGAGGUCCAAGUGGUAACAGAAAUCCCGGGGCCAGCAGCGACCACCCGAGCUCCGCCGCGUACUCUUGACCGUCAAGCCGCUGAACUCGCCUGGCGAUCUUGGCUCCAGAGCCCUGAAAGUGGCAAUCCAAAUGCGCCACCGCGAAGGAUCACCACAAAAUCUUUGUUCAUCACACCCCUCGUGUGCCCUAAAGGACAGCGGCUGGAUCGGAAUGGCUGCGUUCAGGUGGUGACUGUUGACAAAGACGAACACGAGCGCAUUUUACUGGAACACCUAAAUGCGUUAUUCACAUCUGCUCCUGGUGGCAGCGAUGUGCAGUACGACUACGGUGACGAAGAGCCAGGUCCACUUCAACUGUCUAUUCCUAUUGGAUAUGAUCCGCAAGCUGCUCCAUUACAAUCCCAGGAUCAGACAGAAAAGGGGCAGGACCUCAAUUAUGUGAAAAUCGACAAGAAAGAAAAUACACAAAACAAUGACGCAAGCAUAGAAGCUGAAUUAGAACUAUUAAAACUCCAACAAUCGCAAGACUCUAACAAUACAAUUGGAACAAAAGAAACUAAUGUUGUGAAUAACAACGCAUUGACAAAUUCUCUAGGUUACCCUGAAAAGCCCAAACGUGACAGCCCAAUGAUGCAUUCGAGUGAGAUAGAAUCGUUAAAUUCAACAGAAGUCGGCCAAAAAGAAGAGGUAUUUGGACAUGUAAGCGUUGAUCCAGUAAUUACUUCUUUUCAAAAUCAGCAAAGUUAUCAGGCAGAGCAUGAAAAUAAAAACUCGAACAUAUCUUCCUUAACGGACAAAAAUCCUCUCAACAUAUCCAACGAUGCAAUUACCAUGAACAAUUCUGACGUUGCUGAUAUCACUCCACAAAUUGGCUCACAGGUAUUACAAAAAGAAAGUGACAAUCCCAAGUUAAAUCCAGAACAUGAUUAUUCAGAUAUCGGUGAAGCUAUAAAACUAAUAAGCAGGUAUGCCGAGGUUACUACCGACGACAAUUUUAAUAAAAAUAAAAACAGCUCGUCAAAAGAUGACAGUAUUUUGGGUACACGUACAAAACUCCAAUACCGUCGAAACAAACCGAGACCAACAGACUCUGUUGUGGCUGAAACUGCCCAAACUCACGAAAAAGUCUCGAGUAACAAAAAUCCGCCGACUUAUGAUGCAAAAAAGAACCUUUUCUUUAGAUAUUCAUGGCCUAAUCAGCACUUACGUCCUCCACAGCCUAACUAUCCAUUUAAACAUUUACAAGAUUACUGGCCGGGCCAAAAACGUAAUGGUGGAGUGUAUGCAAUGCAUGGAAAUCCAAGGCGUCAUCAUCAUACAUACUCCCACAAUUAUUUUCGACCUCACGGCUACCCUUACUCCGAUUACGCUCAACUGUCUCCACGCCUGCAAGAAAGCUAUUCUGGUCUUUAUCGAUACCCACACAGAGUAACCCGACAUAAUGCUAGUCCAGUAAGAUCUCAUGCUAACAACCAAGAUCUAUACAGUUUACUUGGUUUAAGACAUUGGUUUAGCAGCGAAGGCAUAACGAAGAGAUAGUUUGCUUUCCUUAACAUCUUAGAUAAAAUUGAUGUUACCCGACGAUAUAUAAUGGAAGCUAUGGGAAAAUGUUUUAAUAAUAUACUUAAAUAAACACUGGUAUUUAAAAUGAAUAUUCCUUAAGUUUUGUGUCAACAUUAGAAAACCUUGUUUCACCUUCGUCCAUAGCUUUCAAUAUAUUAGCCUAUUUAUUUCAAAGCCAAAUAUUACAGUCAUAGUUAAUUAUUUUGUUAGUUGUUUAAGUUCUUGUAAAUACAUUUUCUGAAUAAGCGUUUUAUUUUGCUACUAAAAUUUAAAUUGUUCAGUUAGUAUUAUCGUUGUUUUGUAUUAUGUAAAUUGUUGUAUCAAUGAUUAUUAAUUUAAUGUUUAUUUUAUCGAUGUAUAUUUAUGCUUCAUAUUGGUUGUUGUUAAAGUACCUAAUGCAAAUCUUGUGUUGUCUUUUAUUAUCGUACAAAUAUAAAUGGCACUGGCUUGCCCUGAAUAUCUAUCAAAAUUAUAAUAAUUAUUACAUAGGUACUUACUGUAGAUAGAGCUGUGGAUGGACGCAUACUAUUUUAUACAUUACGUUUUCAUUGUAGAUAUAGGUAAGUGUUUGUUUCGUAUAGAUAGAAUUUAAAAAUAACAAAAAUAUAUUUCAAUAUAUCAAAGCCCACCAGUAAAUCAACUGCAGCACAAAAACAACUGUCGAGUGUUACUCUUUGCCUUCAGUUUGUUGAAUGAUUACAAUAGGGUUCAACAUCUGCAAGUCUAUGUAAUAUUUUAUUUGCUUAUCUUGCCAAAUUAGAUAAAUUUCAAUUAUAAUACAUACAUAAGAAUUUUUAACAUACAUUCGCAGUUAUUUUUUCAAUAUUUAAUUCAUCUAUUCUUAAUAAAUUACAAAAAAGUGCAACAAGCAACACCAAAAUAUUUAUGUGAUCUUUUAGUAAAUAAUAUUGAUUUCUUAUACCUACACAAAUAACCAAACUAUGUACCCAUAAAAUGAUCCCACCAAAGUUUAGUUUAAGCAUUUAGUAUCAUAACACUAAUACAAUUUUAUUAUACUAAUAUUUAUAAGAUGUAUCUCUAGAAUCUAGUUAAAUGUUUUUCUAUUACUUCAGUAUCAAUAUAUUUUAAGAAUACAGAACUAUUUGCUGUUGGUUAGAAUCAUGUAGUAUUGAAUUAAAUUAUUAUCUUAUCAUUUAUACAUAUGAAAUUAACAUUUGAAUAAAAUAUUUUAAUAAAACAUAUCUGUGUAACACUAAUAAUUCUAAAAUUAAAUAUUUAAACCAGUGUGUCACUUGUUAGUAAAGUAGUAUUUUUAGCAUAACAAAAAUAUUUUAAUAUCAAUAUUUUCAUAACUUCUUGAAUUGAAUGUCAGUUACAUAAUUUAGAAAGGCUUUUAUAACUGAGCAGGGGCUAUAUAGUUAUCUCAGUAUGCAGUACAUAGUCCCUGAAAGUUAAACAUUUUCAUGUUUCUACUUUAAAACUUAUUGAUAAUAUUGCAACUAAAACUGUUCUGUACAAAUAGAUAAGGUUUAAAUCAUAUAAAAUCCUUGAAAAUUACCCUAAAAUAUAUAUUUUUAAAAUGUAAUUUUUCUGCAUAUUUAUGGAUACAUAAUUAAAAAUAUAUCAAUGCCAGUAUUUUAAUGUAAAUAUCAAUGUUAUAUUAAAAUGAUUGAAAUGAAAUGAC